AUGGACCGGCUGCCUCCGCCCGCCAGGCGUCCCGGGGACCGGCGGGCCCGCCCGCCAGGCGUCCCGGGGACCGGCGGGCCUCAGCCGCCAGGUCCAGGGGGGACGGCGGGCACCUCCGCCCGCCAGGACGUCCCGGUACCGGCGGGGCUGCCUCAGCCCCACCAGGACGUCCCCGGGAACGGGGCCGGCGGGCCUCCGGCCACCCUCCAGGCAGUUCCCGGGGGAGGACCCCGCGGGCCCUCCGCCCUCCGGCCCGUCUCCGGGGACCCGGUCGGGCCUCCGCCCGGGGGCAAGGGGUCCCUGGGUACCCGCCGGGCCCUCCGCCCGGCCAAGGCCCGGGGGUCCCGGGGACCGGCCGGGGGGGCCUCCGCCCGCCAGGCGUCCCGGGGACCGGCGGGCCUCCACGCGCCAGGCGUCCUGGUGACCGCGGGCAGCGGCCCGCCAGGCGUCCCGGGGACGGGCGGGCAGAGGCCCGCCAGGCGUCCCGGGAACGGGUGGGCCUCCGCCCACCAGGCCCGUCCCCUUGGACCGGGGGGGCCCCAGAGGCCCGCCUGCGUUCCCAUGGACCUGGGUGGGGGGCAGAGGCCGGCCCGCCAGGUGUCCCUGGGACGGGCGGGCAGAGGCCCGCCAGGCCUCCCGGGACGGGCGGGGGCAGAGGCCCGCCAGGCCUCCCGGGGACAGGCCGGGGCCCCGGGGAGGCCCGGGCACCCGCCUCCCCGGGGACGGGCGCAGAGGCCCGGCCCAGGACCACCCCGCCUCCCGGGGACGGGCGGGGCCAGAGAGGCGGGCCCGCCAGGCGUCCCCGGGACGGGCGGCUGCGGAUGGCCCGCCAGGCCCCGGUGGGACGCCGCCAGGAGGGCGGAGGCCGCCCGUUCUCCGGGACCCGACGCCUGGCGAGCGGGAGGCCCGCCUCUGCCCCCGUACGGGAGCCUGCGGGUGGCGGGCGUGAGGGCUGCCCGCCGGUCCCCGGGACCGCCUGGCGGGUCUGGCCCGGGCGGGGAGAGGGGAGGGGCCUGCCGGUCCCCGUUUUCCCCGGAACGCCUGGCGGGCGGCCAGGCCCGCCGGUCCCCGGGAGGGGCCCGCCUGGUCCCCGGGAGCCUGGGGGCGGAGGCCGAACCGCCCCCAGGUCCCCUGGGUCCCCGGGGACGACCUGCGGGCGGAGAGGCCCGCCGGUCCCCGGCCCCAAGGGGACGCCUGGCGGGCGGAGGCCCGCCGGUCCCGGGACGCCUGGCGGGCGUGGCCGGGCAGCCCGCGGUCCCCGGGACGCCUGGCGGGCGGAGGCCCGCCGGUCGCCGGGACGCCGCCGGUCCCCGGGACGCCUGGCGGGCGGAGGCCCGCCGGUCCCCCUGGACGCCUGGCGGGCGGAGGCCGCUUGUCCCCGGGACGCUUGGCUGGGCGGAGGCCCGCGGGCGGGACGCCUGGCAGGCGGAGGGACGCACCGGACGAGCCCUGCCCGGGACGCCUGGGGAUGGCCCAGCCCGUCCCCGGGACGCCUGGCGGGCGGAGGGACGCCUAGCGGGCGGAGGUCCGCCGGCCCCCGGGACGCCUGGGCGGGCACCGCCGGUCCCCGGGACGCCUGGUCGGGCGGAGGCCCGCUGUCCCGGGACGCCUGGCGGGCGGAGGCCCGCGGGUCCCCGGGACGCCUGGCAGGCGGAGGGCGGAGGGCCCGCCGGCCCCGGACGCCUGGCCCGGGCGGGGGAGGCCCCCCGUCCCCAGGGACGCCGGCGGGCGGUAGGCUCGCCGGCUCCCGGGAUGCCAGGCGGGCGGAGGCCCGCCGGCCCCGGGACUCCUGGCGGGCGGAGGCCCGCCGCCCCCGGCGGGACGCCUGGCGGGCGGAGGCCGCCGCCCCCGGGACGCCAGGCGGGCGAGCCCGCGGCCCCCGGGACGCCGCCAGGAGGGCGGAGGCCCGCCGUCUCUGGGACGCCUGGCGAGCGGAGGCCCGCCGGCGGGACGCCGCGGCUGAGGCAGCGCCGGUCCCCGGGACGCCUGGCGGGCGGAGGCCCGCCGGUCCCCACGCCAUGGCGGGCGGAGGCCCGCCGGGUCCCCGGGACGCCUGGCGGCGGAGGCGCCGGUCCCCGGGACGCCUGGCGGGCGGUGGCCCGCCGGAUCCCCGGGACGCCUGGCGGGCGGAGGCCCGCCGGUCCCCGGGACGCCUGGCGGGCGGAGGCCCGCCGGUCCCCGGACGCCUGGCGGGCGGAGGCCCGCCUGGUCCCCGGGACGCCUGGCGGACGGAGGCCCCGCCCGUCCCCCACCCCGGACGCCUGGCGGGCGAGGCCCGCCGGUCGGGACGCCUGGUGGGCAGAGGGCCCGCCGGUCCCCGGGGAGCCUGGCCGGGUGGAGGCCCGCCGGUCCCCGGGACGCCGGCGGGCGGAGGCCCGCCGGUCCCCCGGGCCCCCUCGCCUGGCGGGUGGAGGCCCGCCCGGUCACCGGGACGCCUUGCGUAGGGAGGCCCGCCGUCCCCGGGAAGCCUGGCGGAGGCCCGCCCGUCCCCGGGACGCCUGGCGGGCGGAGGGCCCGCGGCCCCCGGACGCCAGGCGGGCGGAGGCCCGCCGGCCCCCGGGACGCCAGGACGGAGGACCUGGGCGUGCGGAGGCCCUGCCGGUUCCCCGGGACGCCUGGCGGGCGGAAGGCCCGCCGGUCCCCGGGACGCCUGCGGGCGGAGGCCCGCGGUCCCCCGGGGAGGGGGCCCGGUACCCGCGGCAGCCUGGCGGGCGGUGGCCAGGUUCCCCCAGGGACGCCUGGCGGGACGGAGGCCCGCCCGCCCCUGGCGGGCGUAGGCCCGCCGGGUCCGGGCGGACCGCCUGGACGGGCCGGAGGCCCGCCGGUCCCCGGGACAGCCUGGCUGGGCGGAGGCCGCCGGUCCCCGGACGCCUGGCGGGCGGGAGGCCCGCUUUGUCCCCGGGACCGACCUGGCGGGCGGAGGCCCUGACCGGGGUCCCCGGGACGCCUGGGCUAGGCGGAUACGGCCAGGCCCGCCCGUCCCCGAGGGACGCCUGGGGAGAUGAGGCCCGCCCGUCCCCGGGACGCCUGGCGUGCGGAGGCCCGCCGGCCCCCGGGACGCCUGGCGGGUCGGUAGGGACGCCUAGCGCGGAGGCCCGAACCGGCCCCCGGAGGGACGCCUGGCGGGCGGAGGCCCCAAGGCCCGCCCCGUCCCCGGGACGCCUGGCGGGCGGAGGCCCGCUUGUCCCCAGGGACCGCCUGGCGGCGGAGGCCCCGCGGGUCCCCAGGGACGCCUGGCAGGCGGAGGACCCGCCCGUCCCCGGGACGCCUGGCGAGCUAGGACCCGCCCGUCCCGGGACGCCUGGCGGCGGAGGCCCGCCGUCCCCGGACGCCUGGCGGGCAGAGGCCCCGCCGGUCCGGGACGACCCUGGCGGGCGGAGGCCCGCGGUCCCCGGGUCCGCCUGGCUGGGGGCGGAGGCCCGCCGGUCCCCGGGACGCCUUGAAGUAGGAGGCCCGCCCGUCCCCGGGACGCCUGGCGGGGGCUUCUCUGAAUCCUCUGCUUCUUAUCCUGGCAGGCGGAGACCCGCCCGUUCCCGGGACGCCUGGGGAGCUGAGGCCCGCCCGUCCCCGGGACGCCUGGCGGGGGGCGGAGGACGCCUAGCGGGCGGAGGUCCGCCGGCCCCCGGGACGCCUGGCGGGCGGAGGCCCGCCGGUCCCCGGGACGCCUGGCGGGCGGAGGCCCGCCCGUCCCCGGACGCCUGGCGGGCGGAGGCCCGCCCGCCGGCCCCCGGGACUCCGCGGGCGGAGGGACGCCUAGCGGGCGGAGGCCCGCCGGCCCCCGGGACUGCCUGGCGGGCGGAGGCCCGCCUUCUCCCGGGACGCCAGGGGCGGGCGGAGGCCCGCCGGCCCCCGGGACGCCUGGCGGGCGGAGGCCCACCGCCCCCAGGACGCCUGGCGGGCGGAGGCUCUCCGGCUCCCGGGAUGCCAGGCGGGCGGAGGCCCGUGGCCCCCGGCCCCCGGGACUCCUGGCGGGGCGGAGGCCCGGCCCCGGCCCCUCGACCGCCUGGCGGGCGAGGCCCGCCGGGGCACCCCGAGGACGCCCCAGGCGGGCCCCCGGGAGGCCCGCCGGCCCACCGGGACGGCCGCCAGGAGGGCCCGGAGGCCCGGCCCGGCCCUCUGGGACGCCUGGCCUAUCGGAGGCCCGGACGGGCCCAAAGGCCCCCCGGGACGCCCCUGGGAUGGGCCCUGAGGCCCGGCCGGUCCCCGGGACCCUGGCCCGGGCCGGUAGGCCCGCCGGUCCCCCGGGACGCCUGGCGGGUCGGAGGGGGGGGGCCCACCGGUUUCCCCGGGGACGCCUGCGGGCGGUGGCACCGCGGUCCCCGGGGACGGGCCUUGGCGGGGGCCGGAGGGGGGGGGGCCCCGGCCGGUCCCCGGAACGCCUUUGGCUGGGGGGCGGAGGCCCGCCGGUUCCCCGGGACGGCCUGGGCCACGGAGGCCCGGGGGGGGGCCGGGGGGGGUCCCCGGGACGCCUGGCGGACGGGGAGGACCCGCCCUCCCCCGGGGGGACGCCUGGCGGGCGGGGGAUGCCCGCCGGGUCCCCGGGACGCCUGGAUUGGGCAGAAGGCCCGACCGGUCCCCGUGGACGCCUGGCGGGUGGGAGGCCCGCCGGGAGGACGCCCCUUGCCCGGGCCGGGAGGCCCGCCGGUCCCCGGGUCGGCCGGCGGGUGGAGGCCCGCCGGUUCCCCGUGGUACGCCUGGCGGGCGGGAGGCCCGCCGGUCCCCGGGACCCCGGGCUGGCGGGCGGAGCCCCGCCGGUCCCCGGGACGGGCCUGGCGGGCGGAAGGCCCGCCGGUACCCCGGGACGCCUGUUCGGGCGUUGGCCCGCCGGUCCCCGGGACGGCAUGGCCGGGCCGGAGGCCCGCCGGUCGCCCCGGGCACCUGGCCGGUCGGGGCCCGGGCCGGGUCCCCGGGAACAAGGCCCUGGGGGCCCGGAGGCCCGGCCCGGUCCCGGGGACGCCCAUGGCGGGGGCGGAGGCCCGUCGGUCACCCCCGGGACGCCUGGAGGGACCGGAGGCCCGCCCGGGCCCACGGGACGCCUGGCGGGCGGAGGCCCGCCGGUCCCCCGGGACGCCUGGUAGGGAGAGGCCGCCGGUCCCCGGACGCCUGGGCGGGUGGAGGCCCGCCCGGGUCCCCGGGACGCCUGGCGGGCGGAGGCCCGCCGGUCCCCGGGUCGGCAUGGCGUGGGUGGAGGCCCGCCGGUCACCCCGGGACGCCUUGCCCGGUUAG